AUGGUUACGUCAGAAAAUGUUGAUCAGCAACUUAGAAUAUUUUACAAAAAGAUAUUCCCAUGUGAUUUGCUUUGCAAAUGGCUGUCUUGCGGUCCAAAACAGCCAUCGGAAACGCUUGCUAGGCGAGAGUUCAGCUUCUCUCUCGCUGGUGAUGUGUAUCUUCGCUAUCAAAGUUUUAGUGACCCAGCUUCUCUUCGGAAAGAACUUGUAAGAACCUGUCCCUAUAAAAUUGACAUUGGUGCCGUGUACAGUGCUCCGCCAAAGCUGCAAAGGUCUAUGUCUUCGAUCUCAUUUGUACCUGAAUGGAAGGAGUUGGUUUUUGACAUUGAUUUGACUGAUUACGAUGAGACCCGUUUUUGUUGUGGAGCCAAAAAUCCUCAUUCAAAGACUGCGAUAUGUCACCACUGCUGGGAAUUGGCCAAGUGUGCUGUCAUUUGUUUGGAUCGGGCCUUACGAAUAGAUUUCGGCUUUGAGCACAUUCUCUGGGUUUACUCCGGUCGGAGAGGUGUUCACUGUUGGGUUUGUGACCCCAUUGCCAGGCAAUUGGAUUCGGCCGGGCGAGCGGCAGUCGCCGAGUACUUAACCAUCGUUCACGGUAGUAACGCACGGAAGCAAAAACCGGAAUUCUCAUCACGUUUUGAACCGAUGCUUCAUCCAUCCAUUGAGGCCGCUACAGAGCAGUUAAAUUCGCACUUUUUGAAGUACUGCGUUUCGCAGGAUAUCCUCAGCUCUUACUAUCCCGAUCGUGUGCGGUGGGUGCUCCAACAUCUACCCUCUGAUUUGGACAAUCAACGAGACAAAUUGCUUGAGCAGUGGACUUCUAGCAAGACGAGCAGUACUGAUUCGACACUGAAACGUUGGAACACUUUGAAGUGUUUUCUUCAAGCGGAGGGGCGCAAUACUAUCAUCAAAAACAUUAUUUUGGAUACAGUUUAUCCUAGGCUAGAUAUCAAUGUCACAACCGGCCCCAGUCAUCUGCUGAAGAGUCCGUUUUGUGUUCAUCCGAAGACGAAUUUCGUCUGUGUUCCAAUUGACCCUCAAUUAAUCGAGGAGUUCGAUCCACUGACCGUGCCACGGUUAUGUGACCUGGUUACGCAGCUUUCGCAAGCGAAUGCUAUUGUUGCAUCCGAGGAGGCGGUGCCUCAGCAUCUUCUGGCGUACAAGCAGACUGCACUUCGUCCUUACAUUGAGUUCUUUGAGCGUUUUGUAAGUCGUCUCGCUGCCUCCAUGCAAGUGGAUACGAAGGCGGAGAGUGACGUUGACAGAGCUGAGAUUCAUGGAAUAUCCACCGUGGCAGUUGUCUAA